AUGCAGCCUGUGCCCCUGCACAGCCUUUCCGAGUUGGAAAGAGCCAGUCUGCAAGAGAUUGCCCUCUACCAGCUGCAGGAGAAGCUGCUGGUUGGGGAUCUCAGCCUGGAGAAAGCAGAUGGACCGAAGGGCAGUAAAUCCAUCCGCCAGAAGCUGGAGAGCUUUUCAAAGGAGAAGAGAGACUGCCCCCAGACGUUUGGGAUCCCCCUCUCCCAAGUCAUCGCCAACGACCGCGGGGCGAUGUCUGUGGAUUCCAUCACUGACCUGAGCGACAACACUUCCAAGCUGCUGGAAGCACUGCAGUUGUCCCACCCCCACGAGCUGGAUCCGCGGAGAAGCCUGGGCAAGAAAAAGAUGUUGAGCCUCAACCCCAUUGCCUGGCAGGUCCCACGGAUCGUGGACAGAUGUUGCAAACACAUCGAGACCUACGGCCUCCAAACCGUGGGCAUCUUCCGGGUGGGGAGCUCCAAGAAAAGAGUUCAGCAAGAUCUGCGGGAAGAUUUUGACCAAGGGCUGGAUGUUGUCCUGGAUGAGCAUCAAAGUGUUCACGACGUGGCUGCUCUGCUCAAAGAGUUUCUUCGGGACAUGCCCGAUUCCCUGAUUCCCAGGGAGCUCUACACAGCCUUCCUGAGCACAGCCUCCAUGGCCCUGCCAGCCCAGCUGGCCGCGCUGCAGCUGCUGCUGUUCCUGCUGCCCCCCGGCCACAGCGAUACCCUCCUGCGGCUCCUGCGCUUCCUGGCCCGGGUGGCCCGGCACGCCCGGAGCUCCCGCGGCCCCGACGGCGGGGAGAUUCCUGGGAAUAAAAUGACAGUUUCAAACUUGGCCACAAUCUUUGGUCCCAACAUCCUGCAGAAAGAGAAGCCUGGGGAGAAAGAUGCUGGUGCUGUGAGCUUAGAAGACAGUGCUGCCAUCAUCCUGGUGCUGCAGAGGCUGAUUGAGCACCACCACACCCUGUUCAUGGUCUCCCCAGACAUGCAACGUGACAUCCUGCGGAGGCUGUUCCAGACAGACCCCGAUGCCAUCGAGUACCUGCUGCGCAGGAGGUUCCAGGCCCUGCCGAGCACGGAGCAGGAGGAUCCCAGGGAGCAGCAGGUUCCAGCCCCACGGCCCGGGCAGCCCCACGGCCUGGAGAGCAGCGUGGUCACCUCAGAGCUGUACAGCAACGUCUCCUUCCUCAACCUGGAUGUUGGCAUCUAG